CAGAAAUGACUGCUGUUACUGCAGGCAACGUUAACUUCAAAUGGGACCCCAAAAGCUUGGAGAUAAGAACACUGGCGGUUGAAAGACUACUUGAGCCUCUUGUUACACAGGUAACAACACUGGUUAACACUAGCAACAAGGGCCCCUCUAAUAAAAAGCGAGGGCGUUCUAAAAAGGCCCAUGUUUUGGCUGCUUCAGUUGAACAAGCCACAGAGAAUUUCCUGGAGAAAGGAGACAAGAUUGCGAAAGAGAGCCAGUUCCUUAAAGAGGAGCUGGUAGCAGCUGUGGAAGAUGUUCGUAAGCAAGGUGACCUGAUGAAGAGUGCGUCGGGGGAGUUUGCAGAUGACCCCUGCUCCUCUGUGAAACGAGGGAACAUGGUCCGAGCGGCACGCGCCCUCCUCUCUGCCGUUACUCGACUGCUGAUUUUGGCUGACAUGGCAGAUGUUUACAAGCUGCUUGUUCAACUUAAAGUAGUGGAAGAAGGUAUCUUGAAGCUGAGAAAUGCUGGCACAGAGCAGGAUUUGGGUAUCCAAUACAAAGCCCUCAAACCAGAAGUGGACAAGCUUAACAUAAUGGCAGCCAAAAGACAACAGGAGUUGAAAGAUGUGGGUCACCGUGAUCAGAUGGCAGCAGCAAGAGGCAUUCUGCAGAAGAACGUUCCCAUUCUUUAUACGGCGUCCCAGGCCUGUCUGCAGCACCCUGAUGUAGCCGCUUACAAAGCGAACAGGGACUUGAUCUACAAACAGCUUCAGCAGGCGGUCACGGGCAUCUCCAACGCAGCGCAAGCCACUGCAUCGGAUGAUGCUGCCCAGCAGCAGGGUGGAGGCGGAGAGCUGGCUUAUGCUCUGAACAACUUUGAUAAACAAAUUAUUGUGGAUCCAUCGACCUUCAGUGAAGAACGUUUUAGGCCUUCCCUGGAAGAGCGCCUGGAGAGCAUCAUUAGUGGAGCGGCCCUGAUGGCUGAUUCAUCCUGCACACGUGAUGACCGACGGGAACGUAUAGUUGCCGAGUGUAAUGCGGUCCGACAGGCCUUGCAGGAUCUACUUUCAGAGUACAUGGGGAAUGCUGGCCGCAAAGAAAGAAGUGAUGCACUGAACUCUGCAAUUGAUAAAAUGACCAAAAAGACCAGAGACCUGCGGAGACAGCUCCGCAAAGCUGUUAUGGACCAUGUAUCAGACUCUUUUCUGGAAACAAAUGUUCCCCUUCUAGUAUUGAUUGAAGCUGCCAAGAAUGGGAACGAAAAAGAAGUUAAAGAAUAUGCCCAGGUUUUCCGUGAACAUGCCAACAAAUUGAUUGAGGUUGCUAACUUGGCAUGUUCUAUCUCGAACAAUGAAGAAGGUGUGAAAUUGGUUCGCAUGUCAGCCAGCCAGCUUGAAGCCCUGUGUCCCCAGGUCAUUAAUGCUGCGCUGGCUCUGGCUGCGAAACCUCAAAGCAAGCUGGCUCAGGAAAACAUGGAUCUCUUCAAAGAGCAGUGGGAGAAGCAAGUCCGCGUGCUGACGGAUGCUGUCGAUGACAUCACUUCCAUUGAUGACUUCCUGGCUGUGUCAGAGAAUCAUAUUUUGGAAGAUGUAAACAAGUGUGUCAUUGCUCUCCAAGAAAAAGAUGUUGACGGUUUAGACCGCACAGCUGGUGCGAUUCGAGGACGUGCUGCCAGAGUCAUUCACGUUGUCACUUCUGAAAUGGAUAACUACGAACCUGGAGUCUACACUGAGAAGGUCUUGGAGGCGACGAAGUUACUGUCCAACACAGUUAUGCCGCGGUUUACUGAGCAAGUGGAAGCUGCUGUGGAAGCACUGAGUUCAGACCCUGCUCAGCCAAUGGAUGAGAACGAAUUUAUCGAUGCUUCGCGACUGGUGUACGACGGAAUCCGCGAUAUCAGGAAAGCCGUACUGAUGAUCCGGACUCCUGAAGAGUUGGAUGACUCUGACUUUGAGACGGAAGAUUUUGACGUCCGAAGCAGAACGAGUAUUCAGACCGAAGAUGACCAGCUCAUUGCUGGACAAAGUGCGAGGGCCAUCAUGGCUCAGCUGCCUCAAGAGCAAAAAGCUAAGAUUGCUGAGCAAGUCGCAAGCUUCCAGGAAGAAAAGAGUAAAUUGGAUGCUGAAGUAUCCAAAUGGGAUGACAGCGGUAAUGAUAUCAUUGUUCUGGCAAAACAAAUGUGUAUGAUUAUGAUGGAAAUGACAGACUUCACCAGAGGUAAAGGUCCACUGAAAAAUACGUCAGACGUGAUUAGUGCGGCCAAGAAGAUUGCAGAGGCUGGGUCACGGAUGGACAAGCUGGGGCGGACCAUCGCUGACCACAGCAGUUGGACAGCCGUAUUUCUGGAGGAGUCAGGCUUUGCUGCUUUGUUCCUCACGGGUUUCACUUCACUGGCGGAAGCGGCGUGCUUGCGUAAGAGUUGCGGAUACCUUGGGUGUUUCAUUACCCUCCCUGGGACUGAGAAGGUGAUUUUGGUUCGGUUACGGACGCCCCGGGUCAGAUGCCUUGAAGCCAUCCAAACCUCCACCCCUGUGCUGCGCAGCCCGAUGUGCUUGUCCCAGCUUGCGCAGUAUCCCACGGCGGCGCGUCGUGUGCGCGUGCAGUACCGCAGGGCCUUAAACCCGCUUGUUCUGGCCCUGCAAACCCCACUCGUGUUCACGAGCUACACGCCCCUUCCUGGGAGCUGGGUGUCUGCCCAGCACAUCGGCUACAGCCAACGCUCCAUGUGGAUGCGGCCCGUUGGCACACCGCUGCUCGUGCAACACGACGCCUGCUCUGGUGCAGCCCCUUUUGGGCCUUUUACGUACAGGGAAACUGGUUCCUGCUUCCACCCUGUGCUGUAG